AUGGGAGCCAACGAGGGGCCGGCAAUGAUCGAUAACAGUGAAAUCGUACGAUUCAAGUGGAAGUCCGCCUCCACACUGGAGCGAUCUGAGGGCACGAAGCCCGUCAGCUCAUGCACGUUCGCUCGGUUUGCCGCACCGUCGACGGGAGCUCGACCUGUCUCAUGUCUGCGCGGUGGGGUGAACAGCGCUCCGGAGCGAGAUUGGGCAAAGCUGGACGGACGCGAGCAACACGCCGUGGAGAGCACAGAGAGCAUCGCAACAACGGGGGUUGACUGGCGACAGGAAACGGCGGCUACUGCAAGAGACAUUGGGCUCAACAGUGGGCCCUGGACGCGGAUGGACGCUCACAAGAAUGACAAUCAGCAGAGCGCGUUCGGGGGUAGGGGGCCUAUGGAGCGACUGCGGGUGGAGCCUGCAAGGGGCGACGGGGCGGCCAACGGGCUCUUCUCGAAGCGAGCAAGAGUUCAUGGCACAGCGGGUAGCCGCAUCAAAUCACACGUGGGCAAGCAGCUUGCGCCAUGCAAGUCCCACGUGUGGAUGGGGUGCGUUUGCUGGCAGAGCCGCUCGCUGCUUGGGCCGGAGGCGCCCAGGACGAUGACGAUCGCGAGGACGGUCGCGACGGAGCGAGGGCGAACGCAAAUGAGAGGAUGCGAAUCAGGCCGCGACGCCGGGGGGCGGACGAAGCAGAGCCGGCACAGCACACGCCGUACAUGUAACAUGUGCGUGCUGGAUCGGGACAAGACGCGCCCGUUCGGCCAUGCAAGGACGGCGCUCACCGAGGCGACCAAGUUGGCAGCCAAGACGGGCCACUGCGGGCGCUGGGGCUGGCGAGGGGGGCGCCUACGGGACAGUGGGACGACGGCUGAGCAGCGCGCGAGCAGUGGCCGGCCAGUCGUGGGUCGCUGCUGUCAGUCCACAGCGAACCCCCCCCCCCCCAAUCUUGGGCUGCUCGUGCCCGGCCGUUACGCAACCACGUCGACCACCGCCAACACCAGCGCCGUCGCCGGCUCAACCACCGUCGUCAGCGUCCGGCAGUCUUCGACGUUUUUUCCAUUUGCGUCGUUUCCACUUGCUCCCCGUGUCGGCCUCCCGCGGUUCCUGCUCCCCAGCACCACAACCACCGCCAGCUCCAGAACACCGAAUCGUCUGCCACUUUUGUCGCCGAAACGUGACGGUGGUUCCCUGCCGCAACGGCCGUGCCUGCAGCACCCUCACACCACUCAGCGCUCCGCUUCCGGUUUGCCUUCGCACUCGCGAGACCUGUACGCAUCUUCUGCCGCCUGCAGACACGCACCCCCUUUGUUCUCGGAAAUACUAAAGGAGGGCCUGUUUGAGCCUCCGCUGAUCGCUCUCGGGCCAACUCGCGUACCUGCUCUUACCCUCGACUGGUCCCUGGUCAUUGACAAUCGCCAGAGCAUGAUGCAAGAGUCGACCGCCUAUCACACCAUGGCAGUCAGCAACCGGGCCUCGACGCGGCUGUCCACCUACAGCUUGACGCCUACUCUUGCUCCCUCCAUCGCUCCUUCGCACCUCAGCACCACGUCCGAGACGCCUUCCGAAAAGGCCAACCCUCUCGCGCAAGACAUUCGCGAGCUGCACCAGGGCCUUGCCCGGCUCGACCAACCCAAGCUCGACCAGCAACGUUACGCCGUGAGUGAAACAAAGAAAGACGACAUGAACAAGCUCGCCCUUGGCGCAAAGCUCGAGCGUGCGCUGGGCCGAAGGAUGGUUUCGCAAGACGCCAGCUUCACCAAGGGCCUGCGGGAUGCCGGCUCCUCGUCGCCGCAGAAGCCGAGAUACGUCGACGUUAUGGAGUACACGGGCCGGGGGGAAGGAAGCAGCAAGCAAAUUGCCGUCUAA